GGGGGCGGCGUGGAAGUGAGUUGUGUUGAGUUUGAAAGUGUACCAUAAUGUCAAGUCACCCAGGACUAAGGCCAGCACAAAUGGUCUGCUAGCAUGGACUUGCUGGAAAAAUUUAUUCUUCCUGUUCAAGCGGUUAACUGGGUGGAAGGUUCCGCUGAAGUUUUGUUAGAACCUGGAGUUCUGAGCAGUUGGAGGGCCCUUAGGAUCUCAAAACUGAAAGAUGCCAUUCACGGCAAGGUGAAAGCUUUCAACAUAUUUGCAGAGAAGAAUAAAGAUGCCAGUUGGGAUGCGUUCAGCGGGAGCAAUUUCGAGAAUGGCGCGGAGGUGAUCGUGAAUUUUGGUGGCGGCUUCAAACGUGGAAUUGUGUCAAAUGCUGCAGAAAACAUAAGUGAGGUUUAUCUGGUUGAUGUGGGAAUCACAGUUCGGGUUGUCAGUUCUGAUAUCCAACUGCGGCACUACGUUGUAGAACAAGAAAAUUGGGAACCGACUGCAUGGAGUGUAAAGCAGAAGACUGAAACUAAGCUGCGUUUGCUCCCGGCAAGCAAUGUUUCCCCUGAUGAUGCUUUCCUGAGCAUGUGCAGUCUGAAACCAUUUUGCCUGUCGGGAGAGGCAAUUGACGUUGAUCCGAUAGUCAGACGUGCUGCUUUGUUCGGUUGUGAAAGCGUAUUGGCGAGUCAUUCAAAAGGUGUGGAGAAGUUAUUUGGGUCCAUCACAAAAUGGAUGGUGACUCUCGUAUCUAAAGGAAUCCAUAAUGAAGCACCUACUGUUUGUUUGUUUGGUCUAAUGGCUAAGCAAAGUAACCUUUUCUUUGCCGACUCUGACGAAGAGAACACUCUGAAGAAAUUCUUGCUGAUGGAAGGAGGUUCAACAACAGGUGAAAAUGAUGACUUGGUGCUUUGCGUAUGCAUCAAUGGACUACUCAUACGCUCAGGCGCAGUGGCCUAUUCAAAAGAUCGAAUCUGGACAAAAGAGGAUUUCUUCUCCCCUGAAAUUUGCGACAUUGUCUUAGAAGGUGGAUAUCCAGAGCGUUUGUUGAAAUCCUUCUGGAUGCCUAAAGUCACGAAGGCCAGAGUUUUCUCCCGUGGAUCCGAUUUUUUGUGGGAUUCCCUUCCACCUUAUAAUCCUUUUCGCCCUGUGGAAUCAUGUUCUGCAUUGCAGGUUGCAUUGGAAAAACUUUACUUAUCGUCGCUUGUAUGAAUCGUGUGGAAAUGACUGGAUUGCCUAAUGUUGUUGACUCCCAUCAGGUCAUUUGUGGAGUAUUGUGAUUGGCUGAGGAAGUUCAGCGGUGUGUUGGCCUGUCUCAGGGCUACUGCGGUUAUCAUAUUUUGUGGAACACUCAAGUUCUCUCGUGAA